UUCUUCCCUUACUGCUGUGAGCUCAGAACAACAGGACAAAAGUGUUUGGGACAGGAGAGGAGCUGAAAGCAGCCAUGGGCUCGGGAGGAACGGGCCUCCUGGGGAGUAAGUGGCCUCUGCCUCUGCUGCUUCUUUUCAUCAUGGGAGGCGAGGCUCUGGAUUCUCCACCCCAGAUCCUAGUUCACCCGCAAGACCAGCUACUUCAGGGCUCUGGCCCGGCCAAAAUGAGCUGCAGAGCAUCAGGACAACCACCUCCCACUAUCCGCUGGCUGCUGAAUGGGCAGCCCCUCAGCAUGGCGACCCCAGACCUACAUUACCUCCUGCCUGAUGGGACCCUCCUGCUACAUCGGCCCCCUGCCCAGGGACGGCCACAAGAUGAUCAGAACAUCCUCUCAGCAAUCCUGGGUGUCUACACCUGUGAGGCCAGCAACCGGCUGGGCACAGCAGUGAGCCGGGGUGCUAGGCUGUCUGUGGCUGUCCUCCAGGAGAACUUCCAGAUCCAACCCCGGGACACAGUGGCCAUGGUAGGGGAGAGCUUGGUUCUUGAGUGUGGUCCUCCCUGGGGCUACCCAAAGCCCUCAGUCUCGUGGUGGAAAGACGGGAGACCCCUGGUCCUCCAGCCAGGGAGGCGCACAGUAUCUGGGGAUUCCCUGAUGGUGACAAGAGCAGAGAAGAAUGACACGGGGACCUAUAUGUGUAUGGCCACCAACAAUGCUGGGCAGCGGGAGAGCCGAGCGGCCAGGGUGUCUAUCCAGGAAUCACGGGACCCUAAGGAGCAUCUAGAGCUUCUGGCUGUUCGCAUUCAGCUGGAAAAUGUGACCCUGCUGAACCCAGGACCCGUGAAAGGCCCCAAGCCAGGGCCAACUGUGUGGCUCAGCUGGAAGGUGAGCGGCCCUGCUGCACCUGCUGAGUCAUACACAGCCCUGUUCAGGGCCCCGAGGUCCCCCGGGGACCAGGGGUCUCCAUGGACAGAAGUGCUGCUGGGUGGCUUGCAGAAUGCCAAGCUUGGGGGUCUCCACUGGGGCUGUGACUACGAAUUCAAAGUGAGACCGUCCUCCGGCAGGGCUCGAGGCCCCGACAGCAAUGUGUUGCUCCUGAGGCUGCCUGAGCAGGUGCCCAGUGCCCCACCUCAAGAAGUGACCUUAAGACCUGGCAAUGGUAGCAUCUUUGUGCGUUGGGCUCCACCACCUGCUGAAAACCACAAUGGUGUCAUCCGUGGUUACCAGGUCUGGAGCCUGGGCAAUGCUUCAUUGCCUACUGCCAACUGGACCGUAGCGGGUGACCAGACGCAGCUGGAGAUCGCCACACAAAUGCCAGGCUCCUAUUGUGUGCAAGUGGCUGCAGUCACUGGGGCUGGAGCUGGAGAGCUCAGUACCCCUGUCUGCCUCCUUUUAGAGCAGGCCAUGGAGCAAUCAGCACAAGACCCCAAUGAACAAGUUCCCUGGACCCUGGAACAGCUGAGGGCCACCUUGAGACGACCGGAAGUGAUUGCCAGUGCUGCUGUCCUGCUCUGGUUGCUGCUGCUUGGCACUGCUGUGUGUAUCUACAGACGGCGCAAAGCUGGGGUGCACCUGGGCCCAGGUCUGUACAGAUACACCAGUGAGGACGCCAUUUUAAAACACAGGAUGGACCACAGUGACUCCCCGUGGCUGGCAGACACCUGGCGUUCCACUUCUGGCUCGCGAGAUCUGAGCAGCAGCAGCAGCCUCAGUAGUCGGCUGGGAAUGGACCCUCGGGACCCACUAGAGGGCAGGCGCUCCUUGAUCUCCUGGGACCCCCGGAGCCCCGGUGUACCCCUGCUUCCAGACACUAGCACGUUUUACGGCUCCCUUAUUGCAGAGCAGCCUUCCAGUCCCCCUGUCCGGCCAAGCCCCCAGACACCAGCUGCUAGGCGCUUUCCAGCCAAGCUGACCGGAACCUCCAGCCCCUGGGCUAGCUCAGACAGUCUCUGCAGCCGCAGGGGACUCUGCUCCCCACGCUUGUCUCUGGCCCCUGCAGAGGCUUGGAAGGCCAAAAAGAAGCAGGAACUGCACCAAGCUAACAGCUCCCCAUUGCUCCGGGGCAGCCACCCCAUGGAAAUCUGGGCGUGGGAGUUAGGAAGCAGAGCCUCCAAGAACCUUUCACAAAGCCCAGGCCCAAACUCUUGUUCUCCACGAGAAGCGCCCCGAGCCGUGGUAGCCUGGCGUGCCCUAGGACCACAACUUCACCGUAACUCCAGUGAGCUAGCAACGCGUCCACUCCCUCCGACGCCCCUUUCUCUUCGUGGAGCCCCAAGUCAUGAUCCACAGAGCCAGUGUGUGGAGAAGCUCCACGCUGCUCCCUCCUCUGACCCACUGCCAGCAGCCGCGCUCUCCAUCCUCAACUCUUCCAGGCCUUCCAGCCCCCAGGCCUCUUUCCUCUCUGGUCCUAGCCCAUCCUCCAGCAACCUGUCCAGCUCUUCACUGUCAUCCUUAGAGGAGGAGGAUCAGGACAGUGUCCUCACCCCUGAGGAGGUAGCCUUGUGCCUUGAGCUCAGUGACGGCGAGGAGACACCCACGAACAGCGUAUCACCUAUGCCAAGAGCUCCUUCACCCCCAACAACCUAUGGCUACAUCAGCAUACCAACAUCCUCGGGCCUGGCAGACAUGGGCAGAGCUGGUGGGGGCGUGGGGUCUGAGGUUGGAAACUUACUGUGCUCACCUCGGCCCUGCCCCACCCCGACGCCCAGCGAGGGCUCCCUGGCCAAUGGUUGGGGCUCAGCUUCUGAGGACAAUGUCCCCAGCGCCAGGGCCAGCCUGGUUAGCUCCUCUGACGGCUCCUUCCUCGCGGAUGCUCACUUCGCUCGUGCCCUGGCCGUGGCUGUGGACAGCUUCGGUUUCAGUCUGGAGCCCAGGGAAGCCGACUGCGUCUUCACUGAUGCCUCAUCACCCCCAUCCCCUCGGGAUGAUCUCUCCCUGACCCGAAGCUUCUCUCUGCCUCUGUGGGAGUGGAAGCCAGACUGGUUGGAAGAUGCUGAGAUCAGCCACACCCAGAGGCUGGGGAGGGGGCUGCCUCCCUGGCCUCCUGAUUCUAGGGUCUCUUCCCAGAGAAGCUGGCUAACUGGUGCUGUGCCCAAGGCUGGUGAUUCCUCCUGAACUGUCCCUGAGAUGGCCAGAAGAGCACCCAGACCACUCUCUUGUCUGUCCCCAGGCCUUCUCACAGGUGGAGGUCUUGGUCUAUACUUCUCUGUAAUAGAGGUCCAUCAUUACUGGGCUUCUGGAGAGCUCUGUCACUGUGAUUAUCAAAACACAUGAAAGCAAACCAAAAUAUGAUCAAGGGAGUCUUGGAUUCCCACUGAGAACAAGACACCAUCUUCAGGACAUCAGACUCUCCACAACCAAAACCUUUGGCUUGAGUAAGCCUGGCUCUGUUCCCCACCCAUGUGGAUCACGGAAAGACAGGAAGCCAACCAUGUCUUCAGGAAGGACAGAAAUGUUUGUUGGGGAAGGCUAUGGUGGAGGACCUGUGGAAGAACCCUCUCAUAGCUACUUGGACUCUUCCCUUAGAGGCCAGCUUAGCCCUUUUCCCCAGUCACACCAUGCAAGGAAACUAAAGGAGGAAGGUCAUGGAUGCAGUGGGCCCUAUCCGGUGUCACAGUGGGAUCAGUGGGGGAAGCUGAAGGAGAGGACGCGGGAGAGCAUGGAACCGAAGCACUAUUCUCAUGCUGCUGGCACUGUGAGCUCAAGGAACUUAAUUCUAUAAAACUGUAAAGACUUGA